UAUGUAUCCCAACAAGAGGCAAUUACCAGAAGGUCCACCCUCGUAUGACAGAAUGAGAGCGACUUAUAUUAAUGAGUCUGCUACUAAGCCAAGAAAUACACAAGGCGGGUAUGAUGAGUCAAUCCAUUACUCUGCUCCAAAAAGAUCUUUCAAGAAACAAUUCCGGAGUCCAAUGGGGACUCAACAUAACAAGCCAGGUUAUGGGUCAAAUAGGAUGCAAUAUAGUCAACAUGAGAGCUUUCAUCAAACCUUCCAAGAUCCAAUGAAUCUUUCUAUUUCUGGAUCUGAUGGGACACCAUCUGCAAUGCCUGAAAUGAAUUUAGGAUUUGGAGGAAGAGCAUUUGGGACUCCUAAAUAUUCCUCCCAAGGAUACCCAAAGUCAUUUUCGAUGAAGCAAGAUCCGAAUAUGUCCCAAGUUCCUCAAAGAAACACUCAUUAUCAAAGACCUCAAAUGAGUACUAGAGUCCAACAAAGUCCAGAGAUGAAUAAUACACUGAAGCAGUCACUAAAUCUUUUAAAAAUUGCUUCGUCGAUGCAUGGAGGUCAAUCGCAUGGACCUCAGUUUCAAAGCAUGAUUCAAACUCCCACAAAUCAUAUGAUGCCUCAACACCCUAUGUCUCAACAUCCGAUUAAUAAUAAGUUUGUAUCAGCCCAAAAACCACCUAUGCGCCCAAAAAGAGUGGAGAAUUAUGGAGAAGCUCUUCUCAUGAGGAAUAAUCCUCAGACUAUGCAUCAAAUUCCUCAAAACUUCAGCCAGAGACCUCAUCUUGGGAAUCAGAGACCUCAAAAUACAAAUGUUUUUGAAGAAAAUGAUCCUAAUAUGACCUACAGAAGUAAAAACUCUGAUAUGCAAGAGAGUAGUCUUAGUCAGAAAUCAGUUCCUACUAUCUCUGAUAUCCCAUUUGAUAAUAGAGCUAAAAAGAAUUUAAAUAUCUUUAAGAGAGUUCAGGAUAAUAGAAAAGUUGAAUAUGAUCAUAACAGACAUGCUUUGGACAUAGAUAACACUCCUAAUCGUAAUUUAACACCAAGGAUUAUUCACUCAAACAAAGAUGUUCGUCUCGAGACUCAUGAAGAAAGACCUCUUGUCGAGAGAGAGAAUUUUAAUAGCUUUCAGAAUAGGCCACAAUCUGACGAGAGGAAUGAGCAGAAAAUAGAUCCGCAAGAAGUUCCUAUAGUGACAAAUAAUCAGCCUGUGAAGGAAAUGCCCCAACGCAACGAGAACUUAGUGAAUAUUGAUGAGAUGCCAAUUGCUUCCAGAGCUCUGACAUUUGAAGAACUACUGAAACAAGAACUUCAGCAAAAUCAAGACAAAAGUACAGAAGAAGUAAAAGAAGAGCCUAAUAAGAUACAAAAUGGAAAGGCUUCAGGCAAAGGUCAGAAGAAAGAAUUUCUAAAAAGAAAGACAACCUCAAUCAUUCAAAGUCAAAAAGGGAAUAAUAAAACUAAAAAGUAUACAUAUUACAAAGAUAAGUUCAAGGAUGGGGCACCAGUUAAGAAGCAAACGAGCAAGAGUGGAAAUAGUGAAAAAUCAAAAUCAAGUGACACUAAGCCGUAUGAAAUUAAAUCAAAAGAAAAAGAACCAUUAGAAAAUAAAGCAAAAGCUCCUCAAACUCAACCUAAGAAGUUCCUUCAGAGAGGAAAAGGAGUAGGGGGAGGUAAAGGGAAUAUUUCUGUCCCUACUUCUAAACCUAAAAAUUCUACUCCAAGAAGGGAGAAGGACACUAGUAUCCCUCGAAAUGUACAAUCUUCUAUUGUUUCUAAGACUUCUAAGACACCUAGACUACACAAACCUUCCUCUGAAUUACAAAAAGCUCAGAGAACUGCUAGGCAAACUACAAAGCCCAAGGCCGUUCCAAAGACGUCACUUCCAAAAGCACCUUCUCCUCCUUCACCAUUGAAUAAAUUAGACCAGAUUGGAGAAGAAAUUGAAGAAGCCAUAAAGGAAUGUGAGAGUUAUCUGACACCUGAGUGCAAAAGCACCCAAGCUGACGAAGACUCAGACAAAGAUAUAUAGAAAUGUCACCAUGCUUUCUUAAGAAACUUCCAUUGCCAAUAAGAGGUGCUAUAAACCGUGAGCUUGAGAAGAAGAGGCAAGAUAAACGUGAAUUUCGUAGAGCCAAAGAUGAACUCUCCAGAUGGAACACCAAGCUAACAUAUGUCAUAGAAGAUCUGACUAAUAUCGAGCUUCAUCGUAAGCUACAGAGUGAUAUUCUUGAAUGGACUGAACAAGAACAGGAGAUGACAGCAAGGAAGGAAGAAAGCAUAGAUGCUGCCAAACAAAUUUAAAAAACUGCAACAGGAGAUACAAAAAUCCUCAAAGGGGUCUACAAGAAUAGAGGAUAUUGAGCGAGAGAUCAGACAACAAGAGAAAAUAAAAGAAGAAUUUAGAAGACAAGGUGUAAUUUUGGAGUAAAGAAAAUCAAUUUGGGAUGUAGAUCAGGGAAAUUCACUCAAUUAGAUAUUUCAGU